ACUUCUGACUGUUGCCAUUGUGUCAGACUCCUUUUCAACUUUCUUCUCUUUUAUUCAUUUCCUUUUUGUCGCUCUAUUUCCUUCCUAUCCUUUCACUUCUUUGUGUCUGUUGCUGUGUCCGUCAUCGUCCCAACUCGAAGUCACGUCCAACAACAAAAUAUCGGUCGGUCACCAUGAUCAUCACACGCGCUCUCUCCAUCACCAACUUUGUUGUCGCCAGCUCGGCGCUCAGCUUCCAGGUUGGCGUGCUAUACCCGUGGCACAAGCAGCUGGAUGACGACUUUGAAGCACUCAAGAGAGAGCAUCUUCGCGUCCUGACAGCCGUCGAGGGCAAGGUCGGUCGAACACAAGAACCUGCUCUUCUUCAAGAGAACCGACCGGGAAUUCUCAGCAUGAUCGGAAACUUGGCACCGUGGAAAGCCUGAGCGCAUAGCCGACUUCGGGACAUAUCACGCAUAACACAACACAACACAAUGACAACCUCGCAUACCCCCAGCCAUUACGGCAUAAAAGAACAAAUACACGCCAGACGCAAGAUCUAGACGGCUCGAAUAUUUAUUCACAACAACGAAUUACACGGUUUCUCAUUCCCUUUGCAUCAGGCGUUUCUUGUUUAGGCAUUCAGACCCCCUCGGAAUGAGUGGGGCCGGUACCGGUCACGGUCGGGCACCGGCUUCACCCGACCAAAGGGACCCGAUUGAGCGAUGCGAAUUAGAUUCAAUAUUUAUCAGUUGGUUAUCGGCACAGAUAUAUUUCGUAUAUUGUUCUGCUUAGACCGUUCAUAUCCCAUGGUGUUUUUAUUGCGGUAUUGUUACUACUAAAUAAAAUAUUUACAAGCUCGUCGCUAUCC